ACGGCGAGACCCCCAAACGCGCACGCAGAGAGAGAGUCGUGCAUAUAAAUGGCGAGAGAGAAACUGUAGAGAAUUUUUUUCUUUCCUUCUUCUUCUUCUUCUUCUCUCUACUCACCCGCUCUAAACCUAACCCUAGUGCUGCUGGUGUUGAACCCGAACUUAAUCGCACUCUCAGUUUGUUAGAUCCAACCAAGUUGAAGGAGCCGCCGAGAUCUCUAUCUGGGUUUUCUAGGGUUUGAUUGCCUAUGAAUUUGGUGUGCUGAGGCCCGGGGAGAGGGGGGGAAGAAUCUAAAACCUAGGUUUUGUGCCGAUGGAGCCGCGAGUGGGGAACAAGUAUCGGUUAGGUCGGAAGAUAGGCAGUGGAUCCUUUGGAGAGAUCUACCUUGGGACUAAUAUUCAGACUAAUGAAGAGGUGGCAAUUAAGCUAGAAAAUGUGAAGACAAAACAUCCUCAACUGCUGUAUGAGUCGAAGUUGUACAGAAUUUUACAGGGCGGAACUGGGAUACCAAAUGUAAGAUGGUUUGGUGUGGAAGGAGACUACAAUGUUCUAGUUAUGGACUUGCUUGGGCCCAGUCUUGAAGAUCUAUUCAAUUUUUGCAGUAGGAAACUUUCUCUGAAGACAGUUCUCAUGCUUGCUGAUCAAAUGAUCAAUCGUGUCGAAUUCGUCCACUCAAAAUCAUUUUUACAUCGUGAUAUCAAGCCAGAUAAUUUCCUCAUGGGCUUGGGAAGGCGAGCAAAUCAGGUUUACAUCAUUGAUUUUGGUCUGGCAAAGAAAUAUAGAGACAGUUCAACUCACCAACAUAUUCCUUACAGGGAGAACAAAAAUUUGACUGGAACAGCACGAUAUGCCAGUAUGAAUACUCACCUGGGUAUAGAACAAAGCAGGAGAGAUGAUUUGGAAUCUCUUGGAUUUGUCCUGAUGUACUUCUUAAGAGGAAGCCUUCCAUGGCAAGGACUAAAAGCAGGAACUAAGAAACAAAAAUAUGAGAAAAUAAGUGAGAAGAAGGUUUCGACUUCUAUUGAGGCAUUGUGCCGAGGUUAUCCAACUGAAUUUGCAUCAUACUUCCACUAUUGUCGUUCACUGCGGUUUGAGGAUAAACCAGAUUAUGCCUAUCUUAAGAGAAUAUUUCGUGAUCUCUUCAUUCGCGAAGGUUUCCAAUUUGACUAUGUUUUUGAUUGGACUAUUUUGAAGUAUCAGCAGUCGCAGAUGGCAGCUCCUCCUUCUCGGGCUCUUGGCCCAAACGCUGGGACGAGCUCAGGACUGCCCCCUGCAGUUCCCAGUGGUGAACGGCUGCCAGGUGAGGAAGAGGGAAGGCAAGCAGGCACUUCAGCAGAUCCUUCCAGGAGGAGGAGUUCUGGACAACUCGUAAAUGCUGGAAGCUUAUCUAGACAGAAAAGUCCAGCUGCAAAUGAUUCAGCAAGCAAGGAUGCUAUGCUCUCUAGCUCUACCUUCUUCGGAAGGUCUAGUGGAACACUCAGACGGACUGCUGUUUCUGGAAGCCGUGAAACUUUCACUUUGGGAAAUGAUUCUGAGCCUACUCGUUCUCGCACCCCUGAGGCUAGUCCAGCUACUGUAAACAAAAUAUCCAGUGGACAGAGAACCUCACCCCUUGGUGGAUCCUCCGAACCAAAACAUACUUCUUCCGGGAGGAACAAUACUAGCAUAAAGAAUUAUGAUUCUGCAAUAAAGGGUAUUGAGAGUUUGCAUUUCGACGAUGAAGAAAGGUUCCAUUGAAUGCAUGCUUUAUCACAUUCCUGUAAAUCAUCAAUUUGUGUGAUAGACAUGAGAGAAGAUUUAACGCUCUUGGAUAAUUCUCUCUGGUGAAGACGUGAAUCCAAAUUCAAGAAAUCUUGUUGGCAUUUGUGCUCGUGGGGAUAUAUAACUGAAAAACUUGAGUGGAUUGUAGGGUUGUCCAUUCAACUGAGUUGUGGUGUGGGUCUUUUAUUCCAUGUGCCCUUCUUUCCUUACUCUGGGUAUCCUAUUUCUGCCUAGUCUUGGGUGUUCCUGAAUUUGUAAAAUUGGCCACUGUAAUACUGGCUUUUCACAGUAUUAUUUACCAGUUCAGAACAUUUUCAAGUUUAGGCAACUGGUUCCAAAUAUUCACUUUUUAUUGUAAUCUUGUUUAAAUAUUUCAUUUAGCUAAAGAGCUGUUUUCACU